GUCUUCAUGCCCGCUAGGGUCGCUCCGACACAUGCUUCCUGUUUAGCUUCAGUCUGCCAGCCACUACAACAUGGGGUGCCGGAGAAAGGACAGUUUCCUUUGGGGAAAAGUUCCCUCCAGUGUCGUGGCCCGGAGGCAGGAAGGCCCCCACUGGAGCAACACCCUCCAACUACAGAAGCUGAGGUUGGAGAGCGAUGACGUGAUGACCGCUGAACAGAGCGCUGAGCUGCAGGAGCAGAGCAAAAUCCAAAUGAGGAACAAGAGGUUCUUAUGUGGGAAAAAGAAAUUCAACACAGACCCGAAAAAGGGUAUUGGCUACUUGGUGGAGCAUGGGCUACUGGAGUGUACGGCACACAAGAUGGCCGACUUCCUUUAUAAGGAGGAAGGACUCAACAAAACGGCCAUCGGCAACUUCCUGGGAGAGAGGGAGGAGAUGCACCUGAAGGUCCUCAAGGCCUACGUGGACCUUCAUGAGUUCUCCGACCUCAACCUGGUUCAGGCUCUGCGACAGUUCCUGUGGAGUUUCCGCCUGCCUGGGGAAGCCCAGAAGAUCGAUAGGAUGAUGGAGGCCUUCGCCUCUCGUUACUGUGACUGCAACACGGGAGUGUUCCAGUCCACAGACACCUGCUACAUCCUGUCCUUCUCCAUCAUCAUGCUCAACACCAGCCUCCAUAACCCCAACGUGAAGGACAAGCCGAGCCUGGAGCGCUUCGUCUCCAUGAACAGAGGCAUCAACCACGGAGGAGACCUGCCCCGAGAGCUGCUCAUGAAACUGUACGAGAGCAUUCGCAACGAGCCGUUCAAGAUCCCGGAGGACGACGGGAACGACGUCACACACACCUUCUUCAACCCCGACAGAGAGGGAUGGCUGCUCAAAAUAGGAGGCAGGGUGAAGACAUGGAAGAGGCGCUGGUUUAUCUUGACUGACAGCUGCCUGUACUACUUCCAGUAUACCACUGACAAAGACCCUAUAGGGAUCAUUCCUUUGGAGAACCUUUGUGUCAGAGAGAUCCAGGAUUCAGGCAAACAGUAUUGUCUGGAGAUCUACAACCCCGAGGGGCAGAAGAUCAAGGCGUGUAAGACUGAGACCAGAGGCCGCGUGGUGGAGGGGAAGCACCAGUCCUACAGGAUGAGGGCCGCAUCGGCUGGAGAGAGAGACCACUGGAUCAAGGCUAUCAGGACGAGCAUCACCAAGGACCCGUUCUACGACCUGGUGACCUUGAGGAAGAGGAAGGUCAUCACCAACCACAGUCCUCAGGCCUGAGGCCAGAGGAAGCCUGGGGAAGAAAAGAGAACUCAACGUUGGGUUUCAACGUCCGUUUGCACAUUUACCUUUUCAUCUCUACUCUUGAAGCAUGACUGUGUUAAGGACCUCUCUGUGUCACCGACCGUCUCUGGAAGAGGGGAUCCUUCACCGAACUGCUCCUCAAAAGCCUUCUUCCGUUCUGUCUGUUUUCCUGGGACUGUCUCCUUGUCUUCCUCGAGGGUUUAGGUUGGUUUAGGUACACUUCUGUGGGCGUAUGUGAAGCCCUGCUUGACAUGGCUUGGAUGAAGGGCUGUACAGAUGCAUGUAGAUUUGAUGAGCCCAAGUGGAAGGCUCUUCAGUCGAGGAAGGCAUCUUAUCAGUCAAACAGAACUUCAGACAUGUACUACAGUACUGUGAAGUAUAGUGCAAUUGACCAUAAACAAUGAACCACGCUGAAGUCUCAAUAGCUACUGUAAACAACUGAAAAAAAGUUGUUGAGUUACUUUAAAGUUCUCAAAGAAGGUUACCCUCAUAGGAUGAAGUUUCAAUUAAGCUACAUAUGUAUGGAGUGGAAGUAUUUCCUUUGUAAAGGUCUGGUACAGAAAACACAUUUUACCAAUGCCUUUGUUUAGUUUAGUUAUAGUUAACAUACUGGAAAUGGAACCUGUUUCAUUUCCAUGUCAGAGAUUUCACUUCCUCUGGUCAGUUCCUGCCCCUGAGCUGUUUCAAGCCAGUCUUCCUGUUACCAUGAUGUUUAGAAAUGGCUCUUCAAACCGACACAAGUAUCUAUAAACGGUCGAUACAACAGUGGUAUGGGUUUCACACUCUUUCUGUUGACAAUGCAAUAUUUGGGAUGUGCGAUAACUAAAUACCAUAAUAAUAUAAAUAUGUAUUUAUACAAAUGAACGUUUUCAGUGUUUUUUUAAUAUUUUAUUUCAUUAAUAACUAUAAUUACUAAUUGUAAUAUAUUUGUUUUUAAAUGUCUACAGAUGUUACACAAAACAUUUUUCUUUAGCUAAAAAACCUUGUAAAAAGAUUUUUUUUAUACAUUUAUUAAUAAAGUUGUAUCGCACUGUGCAACAUGUGUGGGCUUCUCCUUCAGUCCAGU